AUGUUUUUUGCGUGGAGGCGUGAAGCCGGCAAAAAGGGUCGUGUGCGAAGGCCCAAACGAUACCCUCUCUCUGAUAAAUUCCAAUCGAGUAUUGAUAAGGAAAUCUUCCACCUCGAUUGGUCCCUGAAGCCAGGAUGGAGUUGCGAAAAGAAAUGGGGCGUUUUCCAUUCGACCUUACUUUUUAGCAAAGGAGACGAAGAGUGGACUCGAGAAUCCUUGGCCAGAAAGCGGGAUGAUGAGCUUCGGCAAAGGCAAAUGCAAAGUAGCAAGGAUACUUUUCGCGCAUUCACAAAACCUUACCCUAGUGAGGAUGAUGAGCUUCGGCAAAGGCAAAUGCAAAGUAGUAAGGAUACUUUUAGCGCAUUCACAAAACCUUACCCUGGUGAGGAUGAUGAGCUUCGGCAAAGGCGAAUGCAAAGUAGCAAUGAUACUUUUCGCGCAUUCACAAAACCUUACCCUAGUGAGGAUGAUGAGCUUCGGCGAAGGCAAAUGCAAAGUAGUAAGGAUACUUUUAGCGCAUUCACAAAACCUUACCCUGGUGAGGAUGAUGAGCUUCGGCAAAGGCGAAUGCAAAGUAGCAAGGAUACUUUUAGCGCAUUCACAAAACCUUGA